UCGGUGGUUAAGAUGGCGGCUGCGGGGGCUGAGGGGGCGAGUCCGUGACGGCCUGUCCGGAGAACGGCGGCGAGGACGGUGGGGAAAGGGAGGCUGAAGAGCGGCUCUGGGAAGCUCCUAAAGCGGGGUAGCGGGGCGGAAUGUGAGCAGCAGGAGGAGGAGACGGAGGGCUCUGGCGGGGGCCCAGGACGGGAGGAGAGCGGGGAUGGGCCAGCAGGUGGGCCGCGUCGGCGAGCCGGGUGCCGCCGCGCUUCAACAUCAGCCUCAGCCGCCGCCGCCGCCGCCGCAACAGCAGCAGCUCCUGCCUCUCGCCCAGCAGCCACAGUCCCAACCCAGAGGGCUUCGCGGGAGUAAUAGCAGCGGGAGUGGUAGGCCUGCCAGCCGGAGGCGAGAAACGGCCGCGGCGCGAGCUGCCGACAGCGGCUUCAAUAUCUUCACCCAGCACGAGGCUCUCCACCGUCCUUUUGGUUGUGAUGCUGAACCACAGACACUGAAUGAAGCCAUCAGGUGGAGUUCCAAGGAGAAUCUUCUCGGAGCCACUGAGAGUGACCCCAAUCUUUUUGUUGCACUUUAUGAUUUUGUAGCAAGUGGUGACAACACACUCAGCAUCACCAAAGGUGAGAAGCUACGUGUAUUGGGUUACAAUCAGAAUGGUGAAUGGAGUGAAGUACGCUCCAAGAAUGGACAAGGAUGGGUGCCAAGUAACUACAUCACUCCAGUAAACAGCCUGGAGAAGCAUUCCUGGUAUCAUGGACCAGUAUCACGUAGUGCAGCUGAAUAUCUGUUGAGCAGCCUCAUUAAUGGCAGCUUCCUUGUUCGAGAAAGUGAGAGCAGUCCAGGACAGCUGUCAAUCUCGCUCAGGUACGAGGGACGUGUUUACCACUACAGGAUCAAUACCACCACAGAUGGCAAGGUAUAUGUGACAGCUGAAAGUCGCUUUAACACAUUGGCAGAACUAGUUCACCACCACUCAACGGUAGCUGAUGGCCUCGUAACAACUUUGCACUACCCAGCACCCAAGUGCAAUAAGCCCACAGUCUAUGGAGUCUCCCCCAUCCAUGACAAAUGGGAGAUGGAAAGGACGGAUAUCACCAUGAAGCACAAACUCGGCGGAGGACAAUAUGGUGAAGUGUAUGUUGGAGUAUGGAAGAAAUAUAACCUUACAGUUGCAGUAAAAACACUCAAGGAAGAUACUAUGGAGGUAGAAGAGUUCUUGAAAGAAGCUUCUGUCAUGAAGGAAAUCAAGCAUCCAAAUCUAGUACAGUUAUUAGGUGUGUGCACCCUAGAACCCCCCUUUUAUAUCGUAACCGAAUAUAUGCCCUAUGGGAACCUGCUGGACUAUCUACGAGAAUGCAAUCGGGAAGAAGUGACUGCUGUUGUCUUGCUGUAUAUGGCCACCCAGAUAUCUUCUGCCAUGGAAUACCUGGAGAAGAAGAAUUUCAUUCACAGGGAUCUAGCAGCUCGGAAUUGUUUGGUGGGAGAAAAUCACGUGGUGAAAGUAGCUGACUUUGGAUUAAGCAGACUGAUGACAGGAGACACAUAUACAGCUCAUGCUGGAGCAAAAUUUCCUAUCAAAUGGACAGCACCGGAAAGUCUCGCCUACAACACAUUCUCAAUCAAAUCAGAUGUUUGGGCUUUUGGAGUACUGCUGUGGGAGAUUGCCACUUAUGGAAUGUCCCCCUAUCCCGGGAUUGACCUUUCUCAAGUUUAUGAUCUGUUGGAGAAAGGUUACAGGAUGGAACAGCCUGAAGGUUGCCCACCAAAGGUCUAUGAACUCAUGAGAGCAUGUUGGAAAUGGAGUCCCCUAGACAGACCUUCAUUUGCUGAAACGCACCAAGCUUUUGAAACCAUGUUUCAUGAUUCUAGCAUCUCUGAAGAAGUGGCCGAAGAACUUGGAAGGACCGCAUCUUCUUCCUCAAUAGUUCCAUAUUUGCCUCGAUUACCUAUACUUCCUUCCAAGACUAGAACCUUAAAAAAACAAACAGAAAACAAAGAGAAUAUUGAAGGAGCACAGGAGAUCAUCGAGCAUUCUGCAUCCAGUUCUGCUCCAGGUUUUAUCAGAAGCACACAGCAAACCAGCGGAUCCCCAGCACUACCUCGUAAACAGAGAGACAAGUCACCGAGUGGCCUGUUAGAAGACACUAGAGAAACUACCUUUACUAGAGACAGAAAAGGUGGUUUCUUUAGCUCCUUUAUGAAAAAGAAAAAUGCUCCUACACCUCCCAAACGUAGCAGUUCCUUCCGUGAAAUGGAAAAUCAGGCUCAUAAGAAGUACGAAUUAACGGGUAAUUUUUCCGGAGUUGGUCCAUUGCAGCAUAUUGAUGGAUUUUCAUUUACUCCCUCCCAGCAGGAUGGAAAUCUUUGCUUAUCCAAGUGUUAUAUUGGGAGCUUUGCACAACGGAACUUCUAUGGGGAAGAUGGUGGUGGUGGUGGCGGCAGCGGUAGCAGUGGGGGCACAAGCAUUGGUAGUGGUUGGUCAGGCCUCACGGGCUUCUUUACACCUCGCCUGAUUAAAAAGACAUUUGGCUUACGAGCUGGGAGGCCCACUGGAGGCGAUGAAGCCUCAAAACCUUUCCCCCGAUCAAACUCCACAUCUUCCAUGUCUGCAGGUCUUCCUGAGCAGGAGAGAAUGGCAAUGACUCUUCCCCGAAAUUGCCACCGGUCCAAAGUCCAACUGGAAAGGACGGUAUCCACUUCCUCUGAGCCCGAGGAGAACACAGACAAGCCCAAUGAUCUUCUCCCUAAAAGGAGUGAAGAGAUUCAUACGCUGACCAGAAGCCGACCAAAAACUAAACUGCUGCCGAGGGGCGCUACAGCUGUUCCUUUCAGGACUCCUUCUGUGGACACAUCUGUUUCAGAGAAGGACGCUCAAGGGCCCACAGCGACAGCAAGCCUGAAAAGCAAAGAGAAAAACAGUGGGAUACGACAAGGUUCCGUAGAAGGGGAAGACAAACCAGGCUGGCCUUCUCCAGCCAAGGCUGCAGCAAUACUCCCAACCACUCAUAAUCACAAAGUGCCCGUUCUCAUCUCACCUACUCUAAAGCAUACACCAGCUGAGGUGCAGCUCAUCGGCACAGACUCUCAGGGGAAUCGCUUCAAGCUCUUGUCUGAGCAUCAGGGCGCUGCUUCUAGCGACAGGGAUAGACCCAGACGGAUAAAACCAAAGUGUGCUCCACCCCCUCCUCCACCUCCGCCACCGCAAGCAGUCCUGAGGCUCCUUCACCAGCCUCCAGGUACCUCAGAUACGGCGGAAGAGUUGGAUAACGGAGCAUUGGUACAGCCUGGGCAAGAGAGCGAGGGCAGCAAAAAGGUAACAGCGGCACCUACCGGUGGAAAAGCUGGAAGGCCAAUCAUGCCUCCACCCCAAGUGCCUUCACCGUUGUCUUCGUCACCUGCUAAAAUGGCCAACGGCACAGCGGGAGCUAAAGUUGCUCUGAGAAAGACCAAACAGACCGCGGAGAGAAUCUCGGCAGACAAGAUCAGCAAAGAGGCGCUUCUGGAAUGUGCAGAGCUCCUCUCCAGUGCCAUCGCAGAACCUACCACCAAUAGCCAGCUGGUGGAUACUGGGCACCAACUAUUAGAUUACUGUUCAGGUUAUGUGGAUUGCAUCCCGCACACGCGCAACAAAUUUGCUUUCCGGGAAGCCGUGAGCAAACUGGAACUCAGCCUGCAGGAGCUGCAGGUGUCCUCGAUGGCUGCUAAUCUGCCCGGAACAAAUCCUGUACUUAAUAACUUAUUGUCUUGUGUUCAAGAAAUCAGUGAUGUUGUUCAGAGGUAGCUUCUGUCAAACCAUCUGCUUAGGAGGAAGGAAAAAAAAAGUUCACAAAAUUGAGAGGAGAGUCAAGAGUGACUUCUUCUCCUAAUCAUUUUUUCCCCUAUGUUAAUGUUUUGAAAGGAGAAGACUGAUGCUUGAGUAAGUUUUAUGUGAAGUACCUCAGAUCACUGAGCUCACAUGUUUACAGGUUCAUCUCAGUACAUGGGGCAGAUAAGAGGGAAGCAAGGUUUCACAGGGGUCAGGUGACUGCAGCUAAGGCAGGAAAAAUGUUGAGAAUUUGCCUUGGUGAAAAAAUGUUGCAAAAAUAGAGCUUGCGCUCUUGAUCAUUUCUGGGAGGAAGGAGAUUCCACGAAGAUACCUUUGGUUUGAAUAAGGUGCUUUAUUCUCUUGGAUGCUUGCCCAGUUGAUUAGAAUUACUGGACAAGAGAUGAGAUUCUUUUUCUGCACUACUCUUGUGUUUUAAUUUUCUGAGGUCCCAUCAGAAAGGCUUAGAGGUGCCAUUGGACGCCAACUACAUCUUUCCAAGAAAGAGAGGAUAAUUUUGAGGGAAAAGUCUUUUUAUAUGGUUGCUGUAAUCAUAGACACGAAACGAAAGAGCUGGAAGAUGAAAUGCAUCCCCCUUUAUCAUCCCCAUCUCAUAUUAGUCACUUACACCUUCACUCUUUCACAGCAUCUUGAAUGACAAUUUAAGCAGGCUUGCCACUGGAUUUCACACAAUCACACCUUACACUCAAACUGCAAUCAUCACCAUGUGGGUAGCAUAGCAUGGUUAGCUAACCAAUGGCAAUCACUUGAGUUCUUUGGGGGAUAGCAUGCCCAAGAAACUCUUAAUUUAUCUCUGGCGUUGAACCUGGGUACAGUGGUGGCUUUGCUAUACCUUGAGGAGCCCUUUUGAAUUAAAAACACUACAGGAUGCUGCUAGUGUUCUCUACAUUCCUAUUUUAAUUGUGCUUACCUUAAUGUCAUUUCUUUUUGAGAGAACUAGAGACCCGAGGCCUUCCUAUUUUCUAGUAGAACUAUAAAUUUGCUCUUGGAAAUACCAGUUCAGGUGCAUUGCUGAUAUGGAUUCUUUGUUUAGAUUUUUGCUUUAUUUGUAGUUUCAAGACACUGCCUGCACAUGGAUUCAUUAUAAGUGACUAGUCUGUAUAAACAUGUUGCCAUCUCCCUUCAAGUAGUCCUGUUGCAAAAUUCAUUCAUCUUCCAAAGUCAGCUUGCUAUGGGACCACUAAUUUCAAAAAUCCACUGAUGUUAAGGAAAUGAUAUUGGGCUUUUUCUGUGAUUAAUGUGACUUUAAACUAGCAUUUGCACAACACGUUUGCUUCUGAAAGAUAAGAGAAAUCAGGCUAUAUGCUUCCAUGAGGCCGCCUUUUUUUUUUUGUUUAUCCCAGAUCCCCUGAACUCAUUCUGUUUAUUGAAAUUCAGCAACAAACUGUUGAAAAAUGGAGCUGUGGUUUCCCAUUAUUAUUUUUUUGUCA